CGCCGUGGGACGGAGGGGUGCCGGUCCCCUCCCCUGAGGGAAACCGGCAGUCGGUUCAGCUGCUUCUUGGUGUGCCUCGGGUGAAGCCGGGAGAUCCACCCGCGCCCCGCGAAAUGGUGGCAGCGGGGCUGUAUUUCCCUGGAAUCCGCUAUGGAAUGACGGCGUGGGGCUGGAGGGAGCCCGGCGGGGGUGCCGGAGCGGCCGGGGGUGUGGAGCCGCGGUCCCCCGCGUCCCCGCUGUUCCACGCACGGAUGGGCUCCGUCCUUGUUCCCACCGCGGGUCGCCGGGCAGGGGAGGAUGAUCGAGGGAGACUGCGAAAAGCGCAAGGCAAAAAACAGCAGGACUCGUUUUCCGUGCGUUUCACUUCGGGACGAGGAACCCGUGGUAUAAAAGUUACCUGCCUCGUGUGAACGACUUAAUUUAAAAAAGCCUAAUGAUGCGUUUUAAACCGUAAGCAGAGGCUGCUGAGAGUAGUAAAAAUAAAUGUUUGUCUGAGAACAGGGCUCCUUAUUCUUUCAGGACUGUCACUUCUUGUAGAGGCUGCAAUAUGUCUGCCUGCAGGAUCUGAGCAGCCCAUACGGACUGGCUGGCUGUGGGUGUUCUCCAAGGGGACUGCGAGUACUGCAGGGCGCAGAGUGCUGUUUCAGACCUGAUACAGACAAAAUGUCCAGCAGGGGUGGAAAGAAGAAGUCAACCAAGACUUCGCGCUCCGCAAAGGCUGGGGUCAUAUUCCCUGUUGGAAGAAUGCUCCGGUACAUUAAGAAAGGCCACCCGAAGUACAGAAUUGGUGUUGGUGCUCCCGUGUACAUGGCUGCUGUACUGGAAUAUCUAACUGCGGAAAUUCUGGAAUUGGCUGGAAAUGCUGCAAGGGACAACAAGAAGGGUCGAGUCACUCCUAGACACAUCCUGUUGGCUGUAGCAAACGAUGAAGAAUUAAAUCAGCUAUUGAAAGGGGUCACCAUAGCCAGUGGUGGAGUGUUACCCAAUAUUCACCCAGAGCUGCUGGCGAAGAAGCGAGGAUCAAAAGGAAAACUGGAAGCCAUCAUCACUCCACCUCCAGCAAAGAAGGCAAAGUCUCCAUCACAGAAAAAAACUGUAUCAAAGAAAACAGGCGGCAAGAAAGGAGCAAGGAAAUCCAAGAAGAAGCAGGGAGAAGUGAGCAAAUCUGCCAGUGCUGACAGUACAACAGAGGGAACUCCUGCAGAUGGUUUCACAGUCCUGUCCACCAAAAGCCUGUUUCUUGGCCAGAAGCUGAACCUUAUUCACAGUGAAAUCAGUAAUUUAGCCGGCUUCGAGGUGGAGGCCAUUAUCAAUCCUACCAAUGCUGACAUUGACCUUAAAGAUGACCUAGGGAGCACUUUGGAAAAGAAAGGUGGCAAGGAGUUUGUGGAAGCCGUCAUUGAGCUCCGCAAAAAGAACGGGCCAUUGGACAUAGCCGGAGCUGUUGUCAGUGCUGGCCAUGGACUGCCUGCAAAAUUUGUGAUCCACUGUAAUAGCCCAGGCUGGGGCUCAGAUAAAUGUGAGGAGCUGCUGGAGAAGACAGUGAAGAACUGCCUGGCUCUGGCUGAUGAAAAGAAGCUGAAAUCAAUUGCAUUUCCUUCCAUUGGCAGUGGCAGAAAUGGCUUCCCAAAGCAAACAGCUGCUCAGCUGAUCCUGAAAGCCAUCUCCAGCUAUUUUGUGUCUACAAUGUCCUCUUCAAUCAAGACGGUGUACUUCGUGCUCUUCGACAGCGAGAGUAUAGGGAUAUACGUGCAGGAAAUGGCCAAACUAGAUGCCAACUAAGCCUAGAAAGCUACAGUACCAGCCCCCUCCUCCACCCAUCAGCAUCCCCAAAUUCUUAAAUCAUUGUGAGGCAGAGCAUCUCUUAUUUUAAAUUUUGCUCAUCUAGGGAGAUAAAGGUGGGGGUUUUGUUGUUUUGUUUUGGAUUUUUUAUUUGUUUUGUUUUUCCUCUCUAAACUGUUUUAUGUUGGCACUGAUAGUUGGCAUUACUGCUGUUAAUGCACUGUUUUACCAGGCAUUGUCUGAAUUAGUGUAAUCUAGAAGAUUUUAUAGUUUUAUUUUAAUGAAGUAUGGAUUGAAGCAGGAAGCUGUUAGGAGUAUGUAGUCUUUUACUUGUGAAAGAAACAAGCCAACCCUAUUUUGUAACUGUGUUGUGGUGCUUUAUCAAUACAUCAAGUGGCGUUCCUUUCAUUUUUUAAAAGAACAGAUGCUAUAAACCUAAUUUGUGUUUGUUUAUUGUCUUAAUGAUUCUGGAAGAAAAAAAAUACAGAAACCCUGUCGUCCUUAAUUAUAUUUACAAUUUUGAAACUGUGUGAAUUGAUUUAGUAAAAUGUUUGAACUGUU